UUCUUACUCCCGUUGGCAUGCCGACGGUGUCCAACAGAGCAGCGCCCUCUGCCCGCAUGAUCCUCACCAAGGGAGAGCUGACACUCAGGGAUCGUCAUGGAAACGCGGCCGGCGACAGCGUGUCCGGCUUCGUCCAGGUGGCGCUAGUCAGCGAUGAGGGCGCCACUGAGUUGCCGCAAUUCUUCGGAGAUGUGUCGUCGCUGGAAGUGCCUCUUGUCUCUGGCCGCGCCCCACCUUGAUGAUCUGCAGAUCGCGGAGAAUUCUCAGGGUCGCGACGGGAAGUACGCCCUGCGUUUCACGGCGCGGUGUUUGUACGCCGCCCAAUUCCGUCCCCUCGACAUCCCGUUCCUGUUCUACAAUGAUACGAGGAAGCGGGCUGAGAUGGCGUCGUUGUCACGGCAACGCGAUGAACUGAUGGCGGCCGUCGGCAAGCAGCAGCGCCACGUGGACGCGAGCGAGCGACGAGCGAGGCAGCUGAAACUGGCGUAUGACGAGGUGUCGGCGAACGAGUUGAAGCUGCGGAGAGAGCUGCUCCGGAGGAACGUUCCCACUGCUCAGCUUACCGGCGACGUGAGGAUUCUGGACGACUUCAUCGAGCUGCGGAUGAAGAUGCGGGCCAACAUUGAGAAGAAGCCGAUCAGGAAGUGCGGCCUGUCUCCGGCGCCACGCGACGCCGACGUCAUCGGCAACGUGGCGCAUCUUGCCACGGUGGUGGACGACGGGGCCGCGCGCGUGCUCUCCUGGCACCUGAUCUCCGACAUGGAAUGCGUCGUCACGGCAACGACGGCGAAGGCGAUGGAGCUUUACAAAGACGAUACCCGGGACGGACGGCAGGAGCUGCUGGCGCUAGACUCCAUCUACAGGAAGGCACUGCCGAACUGGAAGCAACAUGUGAGCGCGGUCUUUGAUCAGUGUUCUGUAGCACAGGGCGUACGAGCUCUUCCUCACGUCAAACACAGUGCGAAGUGGAAGCCUCAGGGAAACCCCCUCAUCUUGGUUUCCGGGGCAGUAGCAAAAGGAAAUUAUGUGGUCUUCAGCAUGCUGCUCGGCGACACGAUCAUCGUUGACACGCUGCAGGACGCGACGGCGUACCGCGCAGCGGUCAGCGGCGCCACCUACUGCCCGACGCUACUGACGCGCGACGGCCACCGCAUGCGCAGCAACGGCAAGUUUGGCGGUGCGAGUAAUCGCGCGUGGUCGCUCGAGCGUCUGCGCGGGGUCGUGUUCGCGGCGCCGCUGCCGCUCGCCCACGCCGCGCUCAGCGAGGACGUAG